UAAAGUGCAACUCCCCCUGCUGACGUCCAUGACUCAUGACUAAAAUAAAGCAGAUUUCUUAAAUGAUGCAUUGCAUGAAAAACAUUUUAGUAAUAGCCUAAUAAAAUAAUUAAAAAUAUAAUAAUUUUCAUUCUAAAAAUGCAAAAACUCUUUUGAGUUUAGUCAUUAUUAUUAGCUUUACGGGCGCGUGCUUGUGUGUGUAGUCCAUACAGAUGAGUCUCUCUCUCUCUCUCUCUCUCUCUCUCUCUCAGCGCGCGUUAUUGCGCAACGCGACGGGCGUUUCGCUCCAUUCGUCCUCGACAGGAACAGACUGGACUCGGUUCGGUUGAGUUUGGCUCCGACAAAAAAAAUAAUAAUAAUAAUAAAAAAAAUCCCGCCAAAGUGUUCGGGAGAGAUGACGGACAGCCUGGUGCACGCGCAUCGCACGUUCACGACGCUGCUGGUCCUGAUGCUGCGGGCGCGCGAGCAUCAGCAGCAUCACUGAGACGGUCAGGAGCUCCGGAGCAGCGCGGAUCGGAUGGACUCGAGCUUCGGAUGAAGCGAUGACAGCUGCUGACCGUCGCUGAUGUGUCCGAGCCUCGGCAGCGCGUGAAUGAACACUCGUCCAGCUCAUUAUUAUCAGGAAACCUCGCGGGUCUGAUGCUUUGAUUCGUGAGAUCUGCUCAGUUUUUCAUCCACAUCUUUCCCUUCUUGGAGAGACUCCUGCUCUUUAAUCUGGAUAUGUUGAAAGGCACGUAAUGAUGGAUGGGAUUAUUAGUGUUUUGGGGGUCCUGACGCUCAUUUUGGAGGGCAUCUCAUGCCAGGGAGUGUAUGCGCCUCCUACUGUCCGUAUCGUGCACUCGGGUCACGCGUGUAACGUGGAGGAGGAGCGUUACUCUGAGAGGGUUUACACCAUCCGAGAGGGAGAGACGCUCGAGCUCACCUGCCUGGUCACCGGACACCCACGGCCACAGAUUCGAUGGACCAAGACUGCAGGCAGCGUUUCGGACCGGUUCCAGGACUCCAGCGUAUUCAACGAAACCCUUCACAUCGCGAAGAUCCAGAGACAUCAGGGUGGACGGUAUUACUGCAAGGCCGAGAACGGACUGGGUUCACCGGCCAUCAAGUCCAUCAGGGUGGACGUCUACUAUCUGGACGACCCUGUGGUGACGGUUCAUCAGAGUAUAGGUGAAGCGAAAGAGCAGUUCUACUACGAGCGGACGGUGUUCCUGCGUUGUGUGGCCAACUCCAACCCUCCCAUCCGCUACAGCUGGCACCGAGGACGAGACGUUCUCUCGCAAGGAUCCGAUAAAGGUGUGGAGAUCUACGAGCCCUUCUUUACCCAGCUCCAGGGGGAAACGAAGAUCCUGAAGUUGAAGAACCUGAGACCCAAGGACUACGCCAACUACAGCUGCAUCGCCUCCGUCAGGAAUGUAUGCGGCAUCGCUGACCGCAAAGUCGUCUUCAGACUGACCAAUAAAACAGCUCCAGCCUCCAUAAAGCUGUUGGUGGAGGAUCCGAUUGUGGUGAAUCCAGGGCAGACGGUGUCUCUGGUGUGCAUCACCACAGGAGGAGAGCCGACGCCGACCCUCACCUGGACCAGCAGCUCCGGUUCGCUGCCAGAGAAGAGUGUGGUGAAGGACGGCACCCUCACGCUGCCUGCCGUCUCCUCCGAGGACGCCGGCGUCUACAGCUGCGUCGCCAGCAACAACGUGGGCAACCCGGCCAAGAAGUCCACUACCAUCAUCGUUCGAGCAUUGAAGAAGGGUCGUUUCUGGAUCACCCCUGACCCGUACCACAACGACGACAACAUCCAGAUCGGCCGCGAGGUGAAGAUCUCCUGCCAGGUCGAAGCCACGCCGCCCGAGGAGCUCCAGUUCAGCUGGCUGAAGAACGGCCGGGCCUUACGCAGCUCCGAACGGAUGGUCAUCACCCAGACCGAUCCCGACAUCUCGCCCGGAACCACCAAUCUGGACAUCAUCGACCUCAAGUUCACAGACUUCGGCACGUACACCUGCGUGGCGUCGCUGCGAGGCGGCGGGAUCCCCGAGAUCAGCAUCGACGUCAACAUCUCGUCCACCACUGUUCCCCCGAACCUGACCGUGCCGCGGGGCAAGUCCCCGCUGGUGGUGCGGGAGGGCGAGACGGUGGAGCUGGAGUGCCUUGUUUCAGGGAAACCCAAGCCCAUCAUCCUGUGGUCGCGGGCGGAUAAAGAGGCGCCCAUGCCGGACGGUAGCAUGCAGAUGGAGAGCUAUGAUGGUGUGCUGCGGAUCGUCAACGUGUCACGCGAGAUGAGCGGAUCCUACCGCUGCCAGACCAGCCAGUACAACGGCUUCAACGUCAAGCCCAGAGAGGCCGUGGUCGAGCUCAUCGUGCAGUACCCGCCAGCGGUGGAGCCGGUGUGGCAGGAGGUCCGUCAGGGUUUGGGUCGGCCGGUGGCCUUGAACUGCCGCGUUCUGCGUGCGCAUCCGUCACGUGUGCUGCGGUACGAGUGGAGGCUGGGCUCGCGACUGCUCCACGCCGGACACUUCGACUCACGGGACGAGACGGACUACACCAUACGCAGCCUCGCGCGAGAGGGCUACGGCGAGUACACCUGUGACAUCAUCAACGAGGCGGGGCCGGGACGCUGCAACUUCCUGGUCACCGGGAAAGCGUUCGCUCCUGAGUUCUACUACGACACCUAUAACCCGCUGUGGCAGAACCGGCCGCGUGUGUACGGCUACAAGCUGCAGUGGACGCAGAUGAACCCCAGCGCGGUCGACCGCAUCAUGGCGUACCGCCUCGGAAUACGACAGACGGGGCAGCAGCGCUGGUGGGAGCAGGAGAUUCCCGUGGAGGGAAACAUCCAGAAGGGAGAACUGAUCACACACAACCUGACGGAGCUCAUCAGACCCGAGGCCUACGUGGUCCGACUCACACCGAUCACACGCUUCGGAGAGGGAGAUUCAACCACCAGGAUCGUCACGUACAGCGCUCCAGUCAAUCCUCAUCUGAGAGAGUUUCACUGCAGCUUUGAAGAGGAGCCCGUUUGCAUGUUCACUCAGGACAAGAACGACGACUUUGACUGGACGAGACACAGCGCUGCCACCCGCGACACUAAAUACACCCCGAACACGGGUCCCAGCGCGGAUCGGGCCGGCUCAAAGCAGGGUUUCUACAUGUACAUUGAGACCUCCAGACCUCGUAAAGAGGGCGACACGGCUCGUCUGUUGAGCCCCACGUUUAACGUCGCCCCCAAGAAUCCCUACAGCAUCACCAGCCCUCCGGCGUACUGCUUCACCUUCUACUAUCACAUGUACGGCAAACACAUCGGCACUCUGAAUGCGUUUGUGAAGCAGAAAGGUCAGUCGACUUCAGACGCAGGUCCAGUGUGGUCCCUCAGCGGGAACCAAGGGGACCGAUGGAGACAAGCCAAAAUUAGUAUCCACCCUAUUUCCUCCUUCCAGGUGAUAUUUGAGGGGAUCCGCGGUCCAGGGAUCGAGGGGGACAUUGCCAUUGAUGAUGUCACGCUGGAGGAGGGGGAGUGUCCUGACCCUCCGUCCAAUCCGAUCAGAGGAGCGGCUCCACACACCGGCUCCAGUAUAUGGCCAUUGAGCGUCACACUGUUUUUUACCGUAUUCUUUCAUCAGAGGUGACGCUCCACGUGAGAAGAGACUCGAGAUGCGUCCCGUAAUAUUUUAUCACCAAAGAUUUAUGCUUUCGGAUUGCUGAGAAGGCACAACACCGGGAAUAACACCAUGAAACGAUGACAAACCUAAACAGAAAAGUAAUAAAUAUUUUGUUGCUCUCCGGCAGAAACCUCGUAUCUCCAUAUUUUCGUAAUUUCUCUUUUUUCAUAAAUCAUUACUAUCAGUCAACCUUUACAUCCAUCUGUAGGUUUUGCAAAUAUUUAACCAUUGAAAAGUAUUAAAAAUAGCUUGUGACUAAAGCUCGUAACUCCAUUGGCUCCUCAAACUGUCAGUCAAACAUCAUAAGUUUAGCACGUCUCUGCUUGUUUGCAAUGCAAUGAUAAAUAAAGAGCUGUUUCUUUGAAUAAGUACAGCGUUUUCUUUACUCAAGAAACACUAAAUAUAUAUAUAUAGGCUAAUGAUAAUGUAUUGAGGAGUAGAGAAGAGUUUCUUGGUCUUGCAUUUGCCUUGAGUUUUUGGCCAAAUGACAGAAAAACUGAGCUACAAUACAUUUUAUAACUUGUGUGUGUUCAUGAAAAUGUAAUUCGAAGCACAGACAAAACAAUCAGUCAAAAACUCAAUUUGAGCUUGAUUUUGGUCAAAUGUUAAUAACAUAAUGACACAUGCAAGUGUCUGACCAUAUAUAAACCCUAACCACAAUAAUAACUUUGACACUGCGGUGUUUAAUUAUUGAAAUAAUACCGAUUUUUUUCCCAUUUCCUGAAAAGUAGCGGUUUUUGGAGAUACGGGGUUUCCGCCCGACAGCGACGAUACGCAAACAAAAAAAUAUUUUCUGCUGAGGUUCAGAAGGAUUCUCCAUCACGUCCGGACCCGACAGAGGAUUUGAACACAGUCUGACAAGCACAACGACUACUUCGCCAUCUGGAUGUAUGGAUUUAUCCGAAAGGGAAGCAAAAGCAGUUUCACACGCAAUUCCCUUUCGUCCAAGAUUCGAUACGCUGGUGAUUUGGAGUACAAUCAGCAGAACGUCUCACCUUCGGGUCUACCUUUUCUCACAUCUCUCGAUUUGUUCUUUGGUUUCAUUUGGCUUGGUGCUUUAAAACGCAAAUAAAGGAGCGUUUCCAGUAGCAGCCUGAUUUCACAACACUGUGCUCACGUUCCCGAGCGGAAGACGGACAACGUUUCGUGCGAUUACGAGCAUCCGUGACGGUAAAAGACUCUGGUUUGACGCCGUUCCCAGUUCCAGUUGAGUGACAGAAUUUCUGCCAUUAAAAAAAGAAGUGCCUUCAGGUUAAAAACCGAUCCGUUAGCCUGGCCAUCGACACCAAACAUCAAUGUUUCUAACAUCUCUGAUGGGCUAUUUUAUACUCAUUUCUAUCGCCCCUCAAGUGCUGGAAUGCGGCGCGACCGUGACCGUCACGAAUGGACGACGCGGGGACGUCCUGCAGGUGUUGCGCUGAAUGUCUCACGCUCUCCAUCGAUAAGGAAACGCAAACGGGCCUCGGAACGGACAGGCCCGCCGUCCCUCCUCAUGCCUCUGUCAUUUAUAUACCGAACGAUGUGCAUUCUGAGAGAAAAAAAAAAAAUGAAAUAUUCAUAAUUAUAAUAAUAUUUUAUUACUCUAUCCAGAAUGUGUCUCAGCUUUUACACACAAACUAUGAAGAAACGGUGGCGGCAUCUACCUGAGCGCUCGGCCGGCCACUUUUUAAAAAGGGUGUUGUAAAAAAACUGUUUUGACAAGAAACUGUGUCUCGUUUCUUCUUCUUAUUUACGUUGAAAUGUUCCAACUUUACUGUCUUUAUUUCUCGUCGUCUCCCUUGCAUUGCUGAAAAUAUCCAAAGUGGGCAGAGAAAUGUCGACUUUGCCGGUUUGGUAACUGUACUUGUAUAUGUAAAGAAGCUCUGUUCAUUGAGAUUUAUAUGAGAUGUUUUAUGUACGAGUCAAAGGAAGCACAACAUCUAUUCAACCAUUAAAAAUGCAUCAUAUAUGUGACCGUCCCCCUGCAAAGCCAGUGAGAAAUUAAAGUGCAUGCUUGCGUUUGUGACGAAAUUCACAUAUUGUGGAAUAAUGAAUUCUGCUCACCAAGGCUGAAUUUAUUUGAUCAAAAAUACAGUAAAAAUUGUGAAAUAUUAUUC